UAUAAAACGGAACUGAAAGGAACGUGCAUAGCUGAGUUAUUAUACCGAUUUGCUCGGUAGUGGACUUAUUCUAGGAUUACCAUUAGUGUACGACAGCCCAACAUGCAGGCGAUCGUUCUCGUUUCACUGGCCCUGGUGGCCAUGGCCUCCGCCGGUGUUCCCCGGACUCCCAACAAGGAACUGAGCCGUAUGCUCAUGCAGCAGGUCUUAACGAAGCGUUCAGCACCCGCCCCAUCUGUUGAAACUGCCGCCGAGCCGAACAAACGGAUCGUGAUCGAGAACUUCUUCACGACCCGUGUCGAUCACUUCAACUCGCAGAACACAGCCGAGUGGACGUUGCGGUACUUUGCGGUCACCGAUUACUACCUUCCAGGGGGGCCGAUUCUGAUUUUCCUCGGCGGAAAUCAACCAAUCCGGACCUCGAUGGUGGACGAAUCGUCCUUGAUCUACGACAUGGGACGGGAGAUGAACGGUGCCGUCUACGCUUUUGAAUCUCGGUUCUACGGCCAAAGCUGGGUUACGGAGGACUCGAGCACGGAAAACCUACGCUUUUUGAACACUGAUCAGAUCCUGGCCGAUCUUGCCGAGUUCGUUCGUUAUCUGAAGCAAGAAGUUCUCAAGAAUGAGAACGCCCGUGUGAUGGUUUCUGGUUCCGAGUUCGGAGGUUCAUUAGCCACCUGGUUCCGCGUCCGUUAUCCACAUUUGGCCGAUGCGGCUUGGUCUUCCAGUGCAUGGACCAAUGCCGUUAUGGACUUCCAGGAAUUCUCCGAAGCAUGGGGACAAUCACUGAUCACCUACGGAAGCCAGGAGUGCUACAACGACAUCUUCGUUGCAUUCCACGUUAUGCAGAACUUGCUGGAUUCUGGCUUGGGAGAUCUGCUGUACGAGAAGCUCAACAUCUGUACGCCAAUCGAUGUGGAAAACCGUUUGCAAGUUCAGUACUUCUUCUCCAUUUUGAUGACUUCCAUCGAGAUGUACACUCUGCGCAACAGAGAUAUUGCUGCUUUUGCUGAAGUCUGCGAAGACAUCACCGUAGGAGAUAUGCCAACUGCCUUGGACGCCUUUGCCAACUGGUUCAACACGAAAUUUGCCGAGGAUAUUGGCUGCGUUGUGACGGACGUCGACACGGCAGUGGAAUUAUUCAGCGAGACGGACUGGAAUAGUUCGCUCGUCCUGAUGGGUGCUCGCCAGUGGAUGUACCAAGAGUGCAAUGAAUUUGGAUGGUUCUUCACAACGGAUUCGGACAACCAGCCAUUCGGUAACCGUGUCAACUUGGAACUGUACUCGGAAAUGUGCCGUAUGAUCUUCGGCGAUUGGAUUAGCUUUGAAUCGAUCUACUAUGCUACGCAGCGCGCCAACAAUCGUUUCGGCGGCAACAGCCCCAGAAUCACGGAAGUACACUUCACCAACGGUGCCGCGGAUCCGUGGCGUAAGAUCAGCAUCACCCAGGAUCGGAAUGCGUUCGCUUUGGCUGAUGUGAUCCCCAGGGAGCUCAGCGGUUCAGAUUUGCCGGCCAUUUCGGAGAAUGAUUCCGAAGAACUGAGGCAAGUUAAGCUUCGUGUGAAGGGUCUCAUGGCCACCUAUCUGUACCCGGGCAACCCGAGGAAGAUGGCCAAGUCGGAGGAGCUCGUUGCGGAGAAUUAAUUGAGAAUGUGUGUUACGUCGAGAGAUAAUAAAUAAGGCACGAUUACGAUAUUGA